UGCACCGCCGCAUGCAUCCACCAUGGCCGCAGAAGCAAGCGGCAAGCGGCAACGUGCGUGCACGCGCUCACGGAGGUGGUGGAGCUCCCGAAUUAGCUCGCCCACGGCUAUCUGCACGCUCCGCCCAACACUGCCCAGCGCCACCGCCCACCGCCCACCACCCGCCUUAAAGACGCCGACCGCCACGCCACUGCUGCUGGUGCCUGAUGACCGUCGGACCGAGAGACUACGUAUACACAAGUGCCCGGCGGCCAGCAUGCACCGUCCACGACCGACCAUGGCGAAGCCCCUGCUCGUCGUGCUCGCAGCCUUCCUGGCGUCUUCGCUGCUGCCGCGGUCCGCGGCGUUCGGCGUGGCGCCAGGCGCGCCGGGAGGAGGCGGCGCGGGGUUCGGGAACUGGAUCGCGAUGAACCAGCAGAGCUACGCGACGAACGUGGCGCUGUACGCGAUGAAGGCCGCUGGGGACGGGGCCAAGGCCCUGGACGCGAACCUGACGGCGGCGGAGGACAACAAGGUGAGCUACGUGGUGGACCCCUCGGGCGGCGGCGACUACGCCACCAUCAAGGCCGCGCUGGACGACAUCCCCGCCGGCAACACGAAGCGCGUGGUCCUGAACCUCAAGCCCGGCGUGGUGUACCGCGAGAAGCUGUUCCUCAACUCGAGCAAGCCGUUCGUGACGUUCCUGUCGGACCCGUCGUCCCCUGCCACGAUCGUGUGGAACGACACGGCGGCGACGACCGGCGAGGACGGGAAGCCCCUGGGCACGGUGGGGAGCACGUCGGUGGCGGUGGAGUCGGACUACUUCGUGGCGCGGGGCGUGGUGUUCAAGAACGACGCGCCGCUGGCGAAGCCGGGCGCCAAGGGCGGGCAGGCGGUGGCGCUGCGCGUGUUCGGGACCAAGGCGGCCUUCUUCAACUGCACCAUCGACGGCGGGCAGGACACGCUGUACGACCACAAGGGCCUCCACUACUUCAAGGACUGCACCAUCCGCGGCAGCGUCGACUUCAUCUUCGGCUUCGGCCGCUCCUUGUACGAGGGCUGCCGGAUCGAGUCGGUCGUCAAGGAGGUGGCGGUGCUCACGGCGCAGCAGCGGACCAAGUCCAUCGAGGGCGCCAUCGACAGCGGCUUCUCCUUCAAGAACUGCAGCAUCGGCGGCGUCAAGGGCGGGCAGAUCUACCUGGGGCGGGCGUGGGGGGACUCGUCGCGGGUGGUCUACGCCUACACGGAGAUGGGGGAGGAGGUGGUGCCCAUCGGGUGGGACGGGUGGAACGUCGCCAAGCCGGAGAGCAGCGGCAUCUACUACGGCGAGUUCAAGUGCUCGGGGCCCGGCGCCGACGCCAAGAAGAAGAAGCGGGUGGGCUGGGCGCUGGACCUCACCGAGGCGCAGGCCAAGCCCUUCGUCGGCACGCACUACAUCUUCGGCGACUCGUGGAUCCAGGAGCCGUCGUCGUCGACGUCUGGCAGCUCCGCUGGCGGCGGCAAAGCAGCAGGGGCGGAGAAGUUGAAGCAGCAGGCGGAACAAGGGGCGGAGGCGCCGCCGGCGGAAGCCGAUACGGCGACGACUGCAACGAAAGAUGCAAAGGCAGGGAAGACGUCGGCGGGGACGACAGAAGACGCAAAAGCUGAGAAGACGACGUCGUCGGCGACGAAAGACGCGGAAGAGGAGACGAGUACGUCGGCGGCAUCAGAAGACGCAAAAGCCGAGAAGACGCCGGCGGCGACGAAAGGCACGAAGGAAGAGUAGGCGUGCAUACGUUUAGCGGUCGAGCCGGACAGACGAGGGUCGCCGGACGUCGAAGUCAGGUGUCACUGACUGGCGGGUCCAGGCACUGGGCUGGCCCACAUGUCGGCGACGACGUCGCCGUGAAGACGACGUCAGAGGAACUCGUCGCAUUUUUUCUUACCUUGUUAUCCUCUCAGUUUAUUGCAGUAGAGGUCGGUCUAACACUCUGAUGGCUUGAUGUACAUACAGCGUGUAUGUGUGAUAUGUCCGCGCA